UGCAAAAUCAAGGCUGCAAGUCGCCAUUAAACCCCGAAGAAGAAGCAGCAGGAGCAGUAAGAGAAGAAGAAGGAGGUGAUAAUAGCGUUUGCAGUAAUUAUUAUUAGCAGUGUUUAUCAUCUGCUCCUCCAGGAUGGACAUAAGGAAAAGAAUUGAGUUAGAGCUUCGGAACCGCGCUCCACCAGAUGUCAAAGACCUUGUGCUAGACAACUGUCGCUCGAAAGAAGGCAAGAUCGAGGGUCUAACAGACGAAUUUGUGGAGCUGCAGUUUCUAAGCGCAAUCAACAUCGAACUGACGACAGUUGCCAAUUUGCCAAAGUUAAAUAAACUCGAAAAGCUUGAUCUCAGCGAUAACAGGAUCUCAGGAGGUUUGGAAGUGCUGCCAGAGAAAUGUCCCAAUCUCACACAUCUCAACCUCAGUGGCAACCAAGUUAGAGACUUCAGUGUAACAGAAUCAUUGAAAGAAUUGGGGGCUUUGAAAAGCCUAGAUCUGUUUAACUGUGAAGUGACAAUGCGGAAUGGCUACAGAUCCAAUGUAUUCAGGAUACUACCCCAGCUCACGUACCUGGACGGGUAUGACAGAAAUGGUGUAGAGAUGCUGGAUUCUGACGAAGAGGAUUACGAUAAUGAAGACGAUGUAGAUGACUUUGAUGAAGAUGAAGAAGACGAAUUGGAUGAUUUCUAUGGAGAGGCAACUGGCGGAGCCUGAUGGUUUCUGAGUAUCAGAGAGUUUAAUGAAAUGGCACCACAGCAGAAGUGCUGCCAUGUGGAGAGAAGUGGAAGAGCUUGGAUUAUUCAGCAGCGACUGCUCCUUUGUGCCUUAAUGUGUUCAAGUUGACUUGUUAAGUGAUGGUUAAAAAUGUAUUUAGAAUACUUUUUUUUGUGAUCACCUAAAGACAAAUGAAGGUGUUGAAUUGGUUGUUGAGAGAAGUGGAAGAACUUGAUUAUUUGACAGCAACGGUUCCUCAAUGACAUCACUGUACCAUGAAAAUAAUAAUGUGUUUGAGUUCAAUUUCUUUGUUAAAUAAAGAUAGAGCUACAGAUUGGUGAUUUUAAUACAUUAUUCAUCUUCACAUGUGCUUUAGUUGAUCUAAUGAGGAUGUUG